GUGUAGAAGACGGGAUCCUCCCAGCAAAACACCCACCGUAAACACGGGAGAAGGAGCUGUCACCCAGGGCAAAUAUGGCAAGAUAUUAACCCCUCUUCUCCGCGUCAGACGAGCGAUAAGCUUUUUUUUUUACAGCAGUGUGGCGGGGUGAACCAUGGGGACAAACAACCAGGAUGUGGCCUGUUACCUCGUUACUAAACACUCUGCAUGGAAGGGCAAAUACAAGCGUAUCUUCAGCGUGGGAAAUGCAGGCAUCACUACCUAUAACCCAGGUAGUAUGGAGGUGACCAACCAGUGGUACUACCAUGAUUUUAUCAACAUAACCCCGGCCCUCAAGGGUGUUGGUCAAGUUCCUAAUGAGUUCAUCAUAACUAUGAGGAAAGGCAAAAAAGUUGAUCACAUGAGAUUUUCAUCCGACCAUCGAACAGACAUCAUCUCGGAGGCUUUAGUGUUCAGACACAAUUUUGCAGAAGGAAUCAUUGAUAACCUGAGAGCAAAUGCACAGAAGGUUCACUGGUCAGAAGCAAAACAUCCAGUGGUUUUAGAAGUUACACCGUGUUCUGUUGAUCAACUAGAUGCUGCAACUGGGACCCCUCUGGCUUCCUACAUGUUCAAAGAUAUUGAAGCUCUUGUUCCAGUUUCUGACAUUCCAGGUGGUUUAUGUAUUCAGUGCGGAAGCUUUGGGAGGUUACACAUCUUCUCCACAGACCGCCGGGAUGAAAUUCUCAGGAAAGUUGAAGAUAAUGCUAAGAAAUAUAUUGGUAUCUCAAUCCCAGCCAAAAAAGUUUGCAUCACACUACAAAAAGCAAUGGAAACUAGGGUAGGGAAAUAUAGUGGGGAUGAACAUAUCACAUCUCUUUGUGAAUUUGCUGUGCAUAAAGUAAGUCACAGACACAUGGACCCUAUCAAAAGAACCUUGUGUGUGAGUGAGACCUGCCUCUUAGAACGUGACCCUAAUUCUUAUGGCAUCGUAACGUUACGACCCCUCUCAGAUGUCUUUGCUCUAGUCCGACACCAAGAUAAUCCUCAGAUGCUUACGGUAGAAUAUGUCAGAGGAGGCAAUCGCGUGUACACAUCUUCUGACAGAGAUUCAUUAUUAGCUUCCCUCGUUGAUGGUGUGCGAGCAUCAGGGAAUUUGGACGUCCAUGUGCGCAUGACGCCAACACCACGAGGCAAACGUCUGGGACCCCUUGAAAUACCUGUAGAUGAGGAAGUGGAGUCUAUGCACCUAAAGUUCCUUCAGCAGCCUCCUCCUGGGUGGUCAUUUGCUGAGGCAAUAGAAAGAUUCAAUGCAAAUGUCUCAUAUUCAGGAUUGCUUCAUGCAGUCACAGGAGAGGGCCUUUUUGCCGAGAAUAAAGAGCGACUAAUCACUGGAGGUCUUGGAUCUCUGGUGCUAAAAGAGGGUGACCAAGCAACUCUACCAGCAGAGGAGAUUGAGGCACAGUUCCAUGCCCUUCGCAGACUUGUAGCAUCUAAAGCUGGGUUUGCGUGCCUUACCUCACUCCCUGGCUUCCGAGAAAAGGUUGGGGUGAAGAUUGUGAAGGCUCUUCAGAGAAACGAUGAUGGUGUGAACCAUGCUGCAAUUGACAUGCUGUGUGCCCUUAUGCAACCAAUGCAUGACUACCCAGAUCUGAAACAAGAACAACUCAACAAAGCCUCACUCCUUGCGUCGGCCAAAUUCCAGGAAAAACUACUGGAAAACUGGGUAUUCCAUGUGACACAUGGAACAGGAGCGCUGGUGGUAUCCGCUAUGUUGGAUUUCAUGACUUUUGCUCUCUGUGCUCCGUAUAGUGAAACAACUGACGGAGCCCAUUUUGACCGCUUGCUGGAGAUGGUAGCAGACAACGGCAGAUCGCUCUUCAGGCUUUUCCAACAUCCAUCACUAGCUAUUGUAAAAGGUGCAGGAUUAGUAAUGAAAGCCGUGAUUGAAGAAGGUGAGAAUGACAUCCCGAUGCGCAUGCAACUCCUGGCUUUGACUGAAGGAGCUCUGCCACGCCACCUAUACACAGCACUCUUCACUCAAACCUCUGAUGGGAGGCUCCUCACCCACCGACAGCUCUCUCGUCAUCUUGUUUCCCUCUGGGCUGCAGAAAAUCAGCUCGCUGUUGAUCUUUUAGGGCGGACUGUGCCACCAGGUCUUCUAGCUUUCCUUGAGAGUAAAGAGACUGUAUCCCUUGAUGACAUAGACCGUUUGAACACUAGAGACAACUUGAAGAUGGCAGAAGACGAUGAAGAAAAGAAUAAAAAGAACCAGGUGUUGGAGACCUUGGAUCGAGCUUACAAGAGCUCUGUGAAAAAAGUAGAGCAUUUGGUUGAAAGACAUAUGGACAAAAUAGAGACUGUGGAAAGACAUUUGCAAAAAGGAGCGAAGCACGUGGAGGCCUACUAUGAGGCAUACCUGGAAAAGCACGUAGAUUUUGCUCUGCAACACUGGCGGACUCGUAUGAAAAGAGAAAAGUCAGCGGAAGAGAAAUUUCGAGAGCGGCCUCUAGUGUUACGGAAGAGGAGAGAAAAACUGAAAGCUACUGCAAAUUGGCCUCUCUUUUAUUUUAAGUUUAAUCAAGAUCAUUCACUUCCGAAUUUAAUAUGGAACUACAAAACACGAGAAGAGUUAAGGGUAGCACUUGAAGCAGAAAUGCGUGCCUUUAAUGAAGAUCGAGAUGUCAGAGGAGCAAUGGUCAUUGCGUGGAAUCACCAUGAAUUUGAAGUUAGUUACCCAUCACUGAGAGAUGAGAUCAAAAUUGGUGACUACUAUCUAAGGAUCUUACUGGAGCAGGAAAAUAACACCUCAGAGGAGGAGUCGCCUAUUAGAAAAUCGUAUGAAUUCUUCAAUGACCUCUACCAUCGAUUCCUCCUGACACCAAAAGUGGCCAUGAAGUGCCUCUGUUUGCAGGCCAUGGCACUUGUAUAUGGCUUGCACUACAAAGACAUUGGUCAGUUCAAUGACACACGCUACAUCGUUACCAUGCUGGCUCGUACCUGUGAUAAACUUGAGAGGGACCGAUUACUCCUCUUCUUGAAUAAGUUAAUAUUAGAAAGGUCCAAUGUACGUGAGGUUGUUGACGCAGGCGGUGUGCGCAUUCUUUCUGACCUGCUGACUCUGGCCCAUCUUCAUAUCAGUCGUGCAGUCAUGCCAACACAGACCAAUGUGAUUGAGGCCUCGCCUGACAUGGCACGAGACUCUGAGAAAGAAUGGUAUUAUCAGGGUACUAAUAAAGAGAGAGCUGGACCAUUUAGUUUUAAGGAACUCAAAGAAUGUUGGAGUAGUGGCACCUUAAGCCACAAAACACUGUGUUGGGCCCAGGGCAUGGAUGGCUGGCACCCCCUGACAAGCAUUCCCCAACUCAAGUGGUCCUUGGCUGCAACGAGUAAUGCAGUCAUGACGGAAAGUGACCUUGCGACCCUCAUCCUCAACAUGCUCGUCACCAUGUGUAGAUAUUUUCCUUCACGGACAGAGGAUGGAGCAGUCAUACGUCCACUACCUCGUAUCAAGAGGUUACUCUCUGACGCACUCUCUCUCCCACACAUUGUCCAAUUGUUGCUCACUUUUGAUCCAGUCCUAGUUGAGAAGGUUUCCACAUUAUUGGUGGAGAUCAUGCAAGACAAUCCAAACAUUUCAACAGUGUACACAACAGGAGUAUUUUACUUCAUUCUCAUGUAUAUGGGAUCGAAUGUGUUGCCCAUUGGACGAUUCCUCCACAUGUCACACAUGCAGCAGUCAUUCAGGGCAGAAGAGAACCCAGGUGGAGACAUCAUGCAUCAAAGUAUUCUGGGCCAGAUCCUUCCUGAGGCCAUGGUCUGCUACCUUGAGAACUAUGGUGCUGAUAAAUUUGCUGAGAUCUUUUUGGGAGAAUUUGACACCCCAGAGGUAAUUUGGAGUAAUGAAAUGCGCCGCCACAUGAUUGAAAAGUUGGCUUCACAUCUAGCAGAUUUCACUCCUCGUCUGAUGAGUAACACCCGCGCCCUCUACCAGUACUGUGCCAUCCCACACAUCACAUACCCACAGCUGCAACAUGAACUCUUCUGUGACAUUUACUACCUGAAACAUUUAUGUGAUAUUGAUCGCUUCCCAGACUGGCCAAUCAAAGACCCAGUGGCCUUGUUGAAGAGAGUCUUGGCAGCAUGGCAGAGUGAAGUAGAGAAACAGCCGUCAUCAAUGACUGUUGAAGAUGCUUACACAGAGUUGGGCCUUGAACUUGAUUCUCGACAUGAUGAUGCUAAGAUUCGGAAAGCAUACUUUAGACUUGCUCAGAAGUACCAUCCAGAUAAGAAUCCUGAUGGAAGGGAUAAAUUUGAAAAGGUCAACAAAGCCUAUGAAUUCCUAUGUAGUCGGUCAGCACAUGCAGUUGAUGGACCUGACCCAAAGAAUAUCCUUCUAGUAAUCCGAACCCAAAGCAUUCUCUUCGCACGGUAUAAGGAUGUGUUGGCACCAUACAAAUAUUCUGGCUAUCCAAUGCUCAUCAAGACCAUCCAGUUUGAGGCCGAUGAUGAUCAACUCUUCAGUAAAGAGACAUCACUUCUUGCAGCCGCGGCUGAGCUCACCUACCACACCAUUAACUGCUCUGCGCUUAAUGCUGAGGAACUAAGAAGAGAAAAGGGACUUGAGGUACUCCAAGGUGCCUAUAACAGGUGUGUGGGUGUACUUAAUGCCAGCAGUAAACCCAGUGAUGUUGCUGUUCAGGUCUGUACAAACAUUGCACGGUGUUAUACAGCAGCUGCAUCUUUCCCCAUGUGUCGUGAAAAGCUCAUCGAAAUGUCACACUUCAUCAAGGAUCUCUGUCACACACUCUAUUUCAAGUCCUUGCUGCGUGUGUGUCUAGUGGGUGUGGAGUGUGUGUCAGCACUUGCCAUCGAUCAGAUCCUUCAGAUGAACUUACUUCAAGCUGGCAUCCUCUGGCAUCUGCUGCUCUUCCUUUUCAACUAUGACUAUACCCUUGAUGAAGGAGGAGUCAGUAAAUGUGAAGACUCAAACCAACAGGAACUGAGCAAUCGACUAUCCAAGUUGGCCCUCUAUUCUUGUGGUCGUCUGGCUGGCUUGUUCACAGUGGAUAGCAAGGAGACUCCACCCAAUACUGUUAUUCAGGCAGUGCUUCAGAAACUGCUGACCCCAUACAUUGUGUCCCUCAUACCCACCUGCUCAUCGGAAGAGGUGUUAAAAAUCUUGACAAGCAAUGUGGAGACCCCCUACCUAAUCUGGGACAAUGGGACCCGCACACAGCUAAUUGACUUCCUGGCCACCAAUCAGCAGACUCAUGUGCGCACAGGCCAGUCAGACCCAGAGUAUGGGGCAGCUUUUGAAUUUGAAGCACAUAAGGAUGAGCUUAUUAUUGGAGGAGUUUUUAUCAGAAUCUACAAUGAGCAGCCUUCAUUUCCUAUACAGAGGGCAAAGGAGCUUACCCUUGAGCUUCUCCAAUAUAUUGGUGGAGAAACGCAAUACGUCCACUCUCUACUGUCUCUCUCGGCUGCCUCAGUCUCGCACCCACGACUGGCUCGUGUUGGUGAUGCCCUUCAAGCUCUCGUCAAUGUCAUAAAGAAUAACCCAGGCCGAGACUGUAAUGCAUCCAUAGAUGGUGAGCGGGAACCAGGAGUUGAGAUGCAGUGCAUUGGCCACUUCAAACUUCUCUUCUCCCUGCUACGACUGGAGGGUUGUGUGUCAGUGCAGCAGUGUGUGCUAGCUGUGGUAGAGGGAGUGACUGGCAAUGCAGACUGCGUCAAUGAUAUUGCUGCAUCGGAGGUGCUGGUGUACCUGAUGCUGGCUCUGCACUCCCCGGCCCUCAUACCUGACCGUAUGAUGUCUCUCAAUAUUCUCCAUGCCCUUAUGUCCAACACAAAAAUAGUUAAAGAAGCACUCAAUAAAGGUGCUGUGAUGUAUCUGCUCAAUAUAUUCUGCUCAUCGGAUGAUAGUGAUGUGAGAGAGAAAACAGCAGAACUCAUGGGCAAGAUGACUUGUGACAAGCUCGUUGGACCUCGCGUCAGACUUAUACUUCUCAAGAUUCUUCCUGCAGCCUUGGUUGAUCAGAUGCGUGACUCGCCCAGUACAUCAGUGCACUUGUAUGAGGCUCAGCAUGAGAACCCAGAACUGAUAUGGACAGAGGAAUCGAGAGAAAAAGUGUCUAGAGUGGUUUCUAGACUAGUAGAAGAAAUUCACUGUCAGCAACGUGAAGAUCCAAAUGCAAUAUGGAAAUUCCCAGAGGAAGUUUCGUUAUCAUCGACCUCAGGAGAAGUGGUUGUUGGAGGAGUUUUCCUUAGACUUCUAGUUGCAAAUCCAUCUUGGGUGCUACGGAAACCAAAGACUUUCGUGUCAGAUCUUUUUGAUGCUGUUUUAGACCAGCUAGCAAAAGGAGGCAGUGAUGGUGACACACUUGAGUUGGUGAUAAGCACCGUGGUGGCUGUGUUGUCAGCUCAGCGUAAUCUGAUGGAGUACCUACCUCAGCUGGGUCACAUUUCUCGGGUGGUGUUACAGCUGCACUCCAAAAACCUCUCGGUAGCUCGUGCUGCCACUCUGGUAACGCAUCAAUUCACAUUCAGCCAAGUUUGCUUCAAUGUCCUAGAGGGAACAGAAGUUGUUGCUGGCCUCGUGUCAGCCAUGAAGUUGCGUCCUGAUGUCGUAGGUGUGGCAUGUGAGGCAUUACAUAACCUCUUCUCUGGGGGAGGCACAUCUGCCACUGCUUUUGUUGAUCAGGGCUUGAGAGCGAAUGUCAUACCAUACCUCCUGUCUCUCCUGGAGUCAAAACUUGAUGCAAAAGUUCAGAAGCCAGCAUCUACCAAAGCUCAGAUUGUUACCUGUCUCAAAACUAUGGCUGCUUCACCUCAGCAUGCAGAAGAGGUCAAUGCUCUCCUGUCAAAAUCAGCGAUAUGGCCUCAGUACCGGGACCAAAAGCACGACUUGUUUAUUGAAGCUUCACCUACUGCUGGGUACCUGAUGGGUGGGGCGCCUGGAGUGGCAGGCUUCCUCACUCAGGGGUCUUCACGACCCAUGCCCUCAACUCCUCCAUCGGUCAAUAGCACUCAUAGACAGCCGGAAUUACCUUGAAUAUUGCCUCAUGAUGAAAGUUUUUUGUUUUUCUUUAGGUUUGUCUAAUGUAUAUAUUAUCAUAUGCAUGAUCUCGAUAUAGAACUGUAAACAAAAAAUUAUCCCUUGAAGCUUUUAUAUGAAUUAUUUCCACUGGAUAUAAUUUUACUACCACAGACUGUGAUUUCUACACUUGAAGAGAUAUAUAGGAGUGUACAGUAACUCAAUUCUUUAUCACAUAGAUAAUUGAUUUCUUUAUAAUUGUACUUAAAUGAUAAAUUAAUUACCUGUUUAACAUUGAGGUGAUUGGAAGAAUUAAUGUUUAAUAUUUACAGUAAAAGGAUUGGGUGAAGAUAACAAUGAUGCCAUGAUACCUAACAUAAUCUUGGAAUGAAUUAUGUAUGUGAUGAAAAUAUAUAUAUAUAUAUAUAUAAGCACACUCAUGCCAGACUGCCAUAAAAUACUUUUGCUAAAGCUUUCAUCGUAUCAUCAUAUUGUAUAACUUCAGUAUGUCUGAAGAACUGUUAGUAUGUGUUAACAAGUUCUAUUAUAUUUAUUAUAAGCACACCAAAUAUGCGUAUGAAUGACCAUAAUACGUGAAUAAAUAUUAUUAUUUCUUGCACAGAUGUUAGGAAGACACAUUAAAGCCUGGAAUAGGUACUGUUUAACAUGCUGGUGUGACCCCUUUCCCCCCAGCAGCUCAAUACUCAAACUAUUAGACAUCUGGGUCAGCGUAGUGCAAUGAACUUGACAUAGCCAGCUGUUUGGUAGUAACAGGUACAGAAUUAAGUUGAUUUUUUCAAAGUAUUUGUGCUCAGCCUUAAUGUUAUGGAAUGAGUCUUUGCUAAUGAAUUUUAAUUAAAAGGAAUAGUUUCUUUGACAGACACCACUGAAUAUGCAUUAUCAAUACAAAAACAUUGUAAAUAACUAGAUUGGUUCCUAAAACCAUUGCAAAAGAUAGGUGCUUUGGUUCUUGGUUGUCAGAGGUGUUAAUCUGGCAAAGGUUGGAUUUCAAUGGAAUAGGUCCUGGGUAGAGGAAGCCAAUAGGACAACCUCAUGCACUUUGCCUUUUCAGGUUAGUUGGUUUUAUGAAGAAACCCCCUAGGAAUGGAAAGUACCUGCUUGAAGGUUCUGACCAGAAACUCUCCCCUCACAGGACAAGUACCACAAUAUGCCACAGAUUUUGUUGGCAAUUUGGUAAAAUUAUAAAAAAGACGAACUAUAUCAACUUAAAAAUUCUGCUUUGUCACUGAUAUGAUUUCAAUUGCUCAAGAAUGAAGAGGAAUUUGAAGAGCUUUAAACUUGCAACCAUUGCAAUGCCUACUAUUCUUAAGAUUAAUAAUGCACAACAAUUUUAAAUCAAAAUAUAAAAUAUAAAUUUGAUGAAAAUAUGAACCAUUAGUUCUCAUGUCUUAUUACAUGCAUAUUAUUAAUACAUUUGGAAAUGUCCUCUUCAGUUGUCUAGAGAUUAUUAAAUGUAAAAACCUUAUUCAGAUGUCACUUACAAAUGCAUUGUCAUAAGUUACAUAUUCAGUUUUUUAAUUUUGUCUUUAAUGAUGUAAUGUUCUUAUUUGAAUAGAAUAUAUUUUGAUGUGAACUUAAAAGGAGACAAUUUCAAAUAGGGCUGGUAUUUUAUAUUAUAAUUCAGUAAUAUCCAGUUGUAUAUAUAUAUAUAUAUUUUUUUUUUUUUUUUUUUUUAGUUUUUUAAGAUUAACUUCCAUGUUCAGUAUCAGUUGCCUGUCAAUUUAUGCAAAAUACAUGUGUAUAACAUUAAUACCUAUUGAGACCUACAGAGUACAAUUGAGUGACUUUCAUUGUUGCAAAAUUGUAUAAAUAUUUGUAAUUUUUCAAGAAAUACUUUUAUGUAUUUCAAAAUUACUGAAUUAUGAGCUAUAUGAAAAACAUUCCAUUUAAUUCUCAUAUCAUUUUAUUUCUCCAAUAAUUUCCUUCUGAUGGAGUAUUGUCUUGGAUCCCCAAUUUGUGUUUUGACUAAAAUAGUAUAACUUACCAAUAGUGCAGUUUGACGAUUCAUGUGAAUAUAUAUAUACUGUAUAUCCAAAUAUUUAUUUGGCACCGGGUUCAACAUUACAGUUUUUAGUAGUGCUUGUGUUUACUCUGCUCAGAGUUCCUUGUUACUUAUUUAUCAGUCUCGGUUCUUAUGACCUGAUUUGGUUCUUGUACUGGUACUAGUAAAAUUAAUCUAAGUCUUGCGUAUGUCCUGUAAUGAAAAGGUUUUCCCUAGGUUAUCUUUAUCAUCUUUGAGUCUAAAAUAUAAAUUUUACUAAAUUUGGCUCCAUUCUGCAGUUAGACUAUUUUUAGUUUAUUCCUGCAUAAUAUAUUUUUCACAAAAUUUAUCAAAGACAUCCUGGAGAGGGUUCAGGGCAUUCUACUUCCCAAGCCCGGCUUGGGGCCACGCUCGACUCGGGGGUCUAGUCAUUAACUAAAAUCACAAUGAUUCAGUUUUGCAUUAGAUCUACAUUGUAGUGCAUGAAUGAAUUAGUCAAGGAAGAGAUCUGAGAUUAAGCAUCUAAUUUUUGAGGAACAAAAAUACUUAAAUUUGCACGUUACUACAAACUAUUGAAAUUAAUUACAUUUUGGUAUUGUUAGAUAGUUGCACCUGUUCAUAAAUAAUAUCAUUUACAAGUUUCAUUUGCUGCUUAUGGCUGGCAGGCUUACAUUACAGGACACCAAACUCAGUACAGAGACUUGGCACAAGCUGAAUAACUUGUAACUAAUGGGAUGGUCUUAAUUUAUACAGUGAAUUGUCCAUAUUAAUUAGUACAGUACUUUGUAAUUAAUUUGUAUUUAUAACGUACUUAUAAAAAUAAGAAAUAGUACAUAUAAUACCAAGGAAUUAGACUAACUCAAUUUUAAAUUGGAAAAUAAAGAUGCUCCACAUUUCAGUUUUCUAUGUAUCAUUGAAUAGAUGCACAGUGAAAAAGAUCAUUUACGUUUGUGUGUACAAAUGUAAGUUCUUAUGACCAUGCAAAUUUGGUGUAUCAUAUCAUGUAGUGUGUGUGUGACUUCAGUCAAAAACAGCUUUUCCAGUGAGACGCAUGUACUAAUGGAUGAUACAAUGAUAUCAAAAUUGUUUGUAAGGUUUUCACUGGUAUAAAUGGAGGCUUUUUUUCCAUUUACUGAUUUAGUUUCACAUGGCUUAAGAUAUGGAAAGUUUACUGCAUUCCCCAGGGGUUACUUGAUUAAAAGCUAAGUAUGUGCACAUGAUAGUAUUACAUACUUGUAAAUACUGUAGUUAUUAGGUUUAAUUGCUCUAUAGAAAAUGAAGUUGAGUACUACUGCAUUAUCUGCAGAUAACCAGCUGCAUUGAGUAUAUAAAUAUAAAUAAAUUUAUAUAUAAAUAAAGCUUAAACUACACAUUUUGUUGAUAUAAGUUAAAUUUAUGUAUCUACAUGAAAAAUCAUGGUAAUUUUGUUAUUUCCCAGUAUUUUACACGACAGUUUUGUGUAUUUUUAGAUAGGCAAUGAUUUUCAUAUUGAGGGUUUUGAAACUUGUCAGUGGACACCUAUGGUUCCCAUUUUGGAGUGCAUGAACACCUAGGGUUCCUAACCUGAGGGUACCUAGGGCCAUAAGGGAUCUGCUAGAAGCAAAAUAAGCUUCAAUGCACACCCAAAAAGUUUGACACUGUACCUGUUUUUCAAGUGGACUUAAUAACAAUUUUUUUUUUAUCAUGUUUUCACAUUAUUGGCUAUCUUCAGUAAUAAUGUUUGAUUAGUAUUUUUAAGUCAAUGUUGAUUAAUUUGAUCAGUGUUUUGUUAUUAAUACUUUGUUGAUAAUCAGUUCAGAAAGAUAAUACAAAUACAUAUAGGUUAGAUCAGUAAACCAUCAUCUCUUAAUUUUGUGAAUUUCCCUGCCGUGUAAAACACCUCCUGCAGUAAUGAGUAUUGCAAAGAUUAUAGCUAUUGCCCAAAUUUGUUAUAUUUUUUUUCCUAACAUUAAUUUUGGAAUAAAGAUCUGCUAUGUACAUUUCAAACUGUCCUGUGAUGUAGGGAACAAUGGUUGUAGCAUAAUGUAUAUACCCAAUUUUUAUAAGAUGUCUAUAAACUAUUUACUGACAUGGAGUCAAUUGCAUUGUUCAUGAUACUAUGAAAAUUUAAUAAAUAUACACCAAA